CCCUCCGUCUCCGCCCGCGGGAUGUUUGUCCCUCUCUCUCGCCGUAGCCUCGCCCGCUUCCACCGCCCCAUUGCGUGCGCGGGAGCUGCGAACGGCGGAGGAGGAGGAGGAGGAGGGUGUGCGGCCUGGAUGCAUCCAGGGAUGCCUGCAAGGCAAGGGAAGGACAGUGAAAGCCAUGUCAGCAGCAGCAGUACCAGCAGCAGCAGUUCAGUUGCUUGUUUCGGACAGUAUCAAUAUACAGCAAAUGAAUAUCAAGCCAUCCAACAUGCUCUUCGUCAGAAACUGGGCCCAGAAUAUAUCAGCAGUCGGCAAGCUGGAGGAGGACAAAAGGUCUGCUACAUUGAAGGUCACAAGGUAAUCAGUCUGGCCAAUGAGAUGUUUGGCUUCAAUGGCUGGGCUCAUUCAGUCACUCAACAGAAUGUUGACUUUGUUGAUCUCAACAACGGCAGGUUCUAUGUGGGGGUCUGUGCAUUUGUGAAAGUCCAGCUUAAGGAUGGCUCUUACCAUGAAGAUGUGGGCUAUGGAGUCAGUGAAGGCUUGAAGUCCAAGGCCUUGUCCUUAGAAAAGGCAAGAAAGGAGGCAGUGACAGAUGGACUGAAGAGGGCACUCAAGUGCUUUGGAAAUGCUCUUGGGAACUGCAUCCUAGACAAAGACUACCUACAAGCAGUUAAUAAGCUUCCACGUCAGAUACCCCCUGGGUUAGAUUUGGUGAAAACAAAAAGACAGGACUAUGAGCCUGAAAUAGAGAAAGCAAGGUAUGACGGCUGUUUGGAAAGGCAGAACCCAGGAUGGAGACAACAGUAUGAAAUGGCACCAACUUGCAAGCCUGGUCACACAGAGGCUUCUGGAGUGACAGAAGAUCAGAAGCAGCCAAGCAGUUCUGAAAAUACCGAUUCCCCAGCUGUUGAAUUUGAUGCCACGUACCAGCGGAAACUGCGACAAAAGCAGCUGCAGCAACAGUUCCGGGAACAGAUGGAGAAGAGACGUCAGGCUGCAGAAGUUACUCCCAGCAGCAAACAGGCAACAGCCAAUCCUCCCGUAAAACACAGCACUCCGGCAGCAGCACAACAGGAGCUGGCAAUCGAAGAAGAGUUCUUUGCAGAUGAUCUUGAACUUUGGGACAUUUCCUUGGAGACAACCGACCUUAACAAGUUGAUGUGUCACAAAGCAGCAGGCCCAGCAGCGGCACAGCAGCCCCCUGAGACGCCCCGCGGAUGUCACCAGAUGACAACUCGUAACAGGACGCCUCAGAGAACGCAUCAUCACAAACCUUCUGCCAGGUUUGCACAGUUGCAGCCAUCUGCUGCUCUCGCGAGCAACAGCUACGGUGCCAACCAACACACACCAGAGCGCAGCCCUCACAGGAGAAGUCAAAGCUGGAAGAAACGGAGGCUGGAACCUACAUAGGACACACAGCGGCAUCAUUACCUACAUGCUGGAUUACAUCAUAAGACUGCAGUUGGCUGCUCAAAGUACGUGAGGAAGCUGCAUCUAUUAAUAGAUUGUCCUGAAGCAACACAGAAUAGCCAGAGAGGCACAGCCAGCAAGAACUGUGUGUGCUUUGGGGUUAUUAUAAUGUCCAGACUUUUUUUUUUCUAUAAACACACAAUCAUUUGUGCCCCUGCACAACCCGUGGCUGUUUUGCUAAGAAUUUGCCUGAAAAUUAUAGCAUAAGUAAACCUUCCAACGAGAUGCCACAGCUGCUUUCCUGCUCAGCGUCGCAUUUUGGCAUGCAGAAAAGUUUUCCCCAAUAAAAAGAGGACAGGGUGGGCUCCAGGCCCAGGAAAGCAACCAACUGCUGUGUCCCAUUCCCUCAGGCUGUUUGCAGCUGUGGCAGCCUCUGCCUCUCACAUGCAGCCCAGCUGCCUGCCCAGAGGCUGCACAAGGAGGGGCAGAGCAUCGCCCUGACACAGCUCUGCCUCAGCUCACCCCUCAAGCCCACACAGCACCAGGGCGGGAACACAAAGGGACUGCUACCGAGGAGUACAUACAGCAUCUAAGCACUUGUUUGGACCCUUUAUGAAAUGAAUGAGAGCCCCUUUUUUUACCUGUAGUGUUUUAAAUAAGCUUUUACUCCUUUUUAACACAAGAAUAAACACUAAAUUUGGACAGGCAAACCACUUGUUAUUUCUACCUUCUUCCUAUUCACUUCCACAAGCUCAGAGCAAAGCAACAGCUAUUCCUCGUAGUAAUAAACUCAAAGGAAGACCUUCCAAGCCGCGUUUAGGCAGUACCAGCUUGAAAGGCCCUGCUCUGGUGAGGCAACAGUUCUGCUGGGCAGCUGUUGGAUCUCUCCCUCUCCUGGUGAAGGGGCUCAGCUUUGCAGCCCCUGCUGCCUCAGGCAGGUGCUGGGCACCACCAGCAGAGCGGUGGCAGCGCCCUCUGUGCCUGAAGCAGCUUGAGCCAUGCAGGGCUCGAGAGGGGAAGUUGGUUCUGUGUUACGCAGCAGCAGCAGCAGGAUGGUGCAGCAUGGCUGGAAGGGGGAGCUGAAAUCAGGAAAACUGACAUCAAUUUUGACUAAUCCAACUAUGUCAGACUUGAAAAAGGACCUUACUUCUGUGCUUUGCCAUUACUGGUCUAUUUUCCAGAUGAGUUUCAUAAAGCAAUCUAAAUGUUACAUAGGAGUUUCUAUGAAGCAUUUAUUCCUGUCCCUCCUACUUUACCUUCGCCACUUAUCAGUCCUUUCUUCUUAAGCAGCCGCUAUUAUCCACUCACCUCUCAAACAGGACAAACAAGGACAGAUGUCACUAACCAAAAGACAGGACAGGUGAAAUGAACUGUCAUAGAUCCUACCUAGGAAACAGUUUCAGACCUCAGCAAUAUUGGUUUCUCUCCAAGUCAGCGCUGAGUGAGCUCACAGCAGCUCAGGAAAGAAAUACCAACCACACGUCUGAGUCACGCGCCCAGUGGUGAAAUAAGACACCUGUAAAGAAGGGAAUGUGCAGAAGGGAAUGUGCAGACGCACCAUUGCUGUGUUCAGCAAAGCCCCUCCCAGCUCUUAGUACAGGAAAACCUGAAGGUCUCCAACAACUCCACCAGCUUUCUUGACAGUGUAACGGUGCAAAGAGGGAGACGCCUCCUGCAGGGGGGGCACUGCCAGAUGCCUCUUGGAUGGCUCCUUUUUAAAAUGAAGCAGUAAUGUUCACAUACAGAGCUUUUCCUUUAAGGACUGGAGCAGCGUGACUCAUAACAGAAGCCGUUCUUAAAAUGGAAAGAAAUGCAGCAGUUAAGUAGUGUUUAGAAAUACCAAAUGAUUCCUGCAAGCCGAUGGCUGCUUGAGAACGGCUCUGUGUAGUUCCCCUCUUACACUGCGCUGGUAGAGUUGCAAGUUUGGGGGGUGGAAUUGAGGCUGGAUCCGGACUAAAUAAAGGCAGCGCCCAGCACCGUUGCUCCCUUCUGAACCAGAGAAGAGAAGGACUGACCCAGCAGCAAACCAGUAACCCUUAUCAAUAGCGCAGCCGUUAUAUCACUGCGGGAGCAGCCAGGAGAGGCCAAGAGAAAAAAACAACCCAGCGCCCAGCAAAGCACGUUUGGUUUCUUUCCUGCAAUGUCCUGCAGAGGUGACAAACUGCAGCAUGAAGCGCAACCAUAGAAGGGAGAGCAGCCAGGGUGACGCUGCCAAACACACGACUGACUUGUGGCCAGGGAAAGCCCGAAAGUUGCAACUUUUUUUUAUUAUUAUUAUUGGGUUUUUUUAAUUUUAUUUAUUUUUUAUUUUUUUAUUUUUUUUUUACAGUGUACAUUGUUAAAUAACGUAAAGAAAACGCUUGUAAUUCAGAAACAGAUUUUAUGUGGAAAAAAAGAUACUCAAAGUGUAAUAUUAAACAAAAUAAUUUAACAGUUCAGUAGCAUUAGUUUAUUCCUCUAGACUUCAGUUAUUUAUCCACAGGAAGGGGGAGGAGGGGGAGGAGGGAGAUCAAUGGUAAAUAAAACCAGCUCUUGCAUAACAUUAAGUGAAAACAACUUCAAACGUAUUAGAUCAAAAUUAAAUAACCACGUGCUGCGCUCAGCUUCAUCAGUUCCCCUGUCGCAAGCAUCCCCCUCUUGUGUGUCAGCACCAUCUGGGGCCGGCAACCGCUUCCUUUACCCCCAGGUGCACCUCUCACCUCCCACCUGGCCUAUCUGGGAAACCUCUGCACCAUCCAGGACAAAGAGCAGAGCAGUGGGCCUUCUCCCCCCAUUCCCCCCCUGCUUCUGCCCCUUCCCACCACGGACUUCUCCCACAGCUCCACUCCGCACUGAGGUCACAAAGAACGAGCCCUCAAACCUAAGGAUCUCGGAGCUCAGGCUCCCUGCUGCUGGCUUUUGCCCUCUUCUGGCAUCUCACUCUCUCUCUCCACUCGGUACAUUCCCUUGCUGCCAAAAAUGCUGGAGAAAAGAAAAAAAAAGAACAAACAAAAAA